CCGCCCCCGCCUGUAUCCUCAUGGUCUUCUCAAGAUGCCGACUUCUACCGCGUCCCUCCCCUUGACAUCGGCAGAGAGCGCCUGCUACCUACUCCUGCGCAGCGCCCUUCAUCCAAAGGAGAGUAUCUAACCCGCCAGGAAACGCGCGGCUCAGAGCGCCGGCCAUCCGCAGCAUCAGGAGGCGGAUACAGCCUCUACCCUCCGACCAAGCCUCUUCCAGCCAUUCCGAAGCUGCCCAUGCGGACCACGCGGCGCACAUCUUCUCAGGCCUCCUUUGACGCUGCCGCCGAGGCAACCUCCCCAUCCUCUGUCCGGACCUCAAGGACAGGUUCGACUCUGGACCGUGGGUCUGGAUCUAUUGGCUCUUCACCGCUGACUACUGCGGCCCCGGCCUUCCCACCGCCGGAAAUUCCCAGCCAGAUACGUACCAGACCCGAGCCCCAGCAUGCCGCAUCUCCCAUUGACAUGGCAGCUUGGAAGGUCCUUCCUGGCCCCAAGAACGAAAAGGCUGUCAAGGACCCCUCCGUCUACUGGGUAGACGUCUCCAGCUCGUCGGCCACGCUUGCCGCCAAACACGGCAAUAACAUGAUCAAGGUCUGGUCUGUUGGGAGCGGCGAAGUCCAGGCGGCCAUCAAGAUCUCAUGCUACACGACAGCCCAGCCCCGGUCCCGUGAGUAUUUCGUGCGCAGCCACGCCAUUCUCUCCGAGUCAUCUACCAUGAUAGCAAUCGCAACGGGCUUCGGCGACACGGUCGAGAUCUGGGAUUGGUCCAAGAAGAAGAAGCUGCAGAGCAUUAGCCACGCCGAUCGCUGGGCCGCUGUCCGCUGGAACGUUUACGACGCUGGCUGGACGCCGCUAGUUGUGUACCGGGGCGAAGAGGACACUAUUGACCUCUACGCUACAUCAAACAGCCGUAAGCCGCUGAAGAAGCUGCGCACCAUCGAGCUGAACAAGGCCGGCCUGCCCGUCUUGCCAAAGUACCCCGAGCUAGCUUUUUCGUCGACCGGCCCCUUGCUUGUUGCCGCAUCCGGACCCAGGCCCCCGCGCCUGGGCCACCCGCCGCCGGAGCGCGAGACGAUCCUGGUCGCUUGGCAGAUCCAUAACGACGCUGCCGAGGCUCCAAGCGUCCCGUACAAGGUAGUAACCCCCUGGCAGCACAUGGAACUCGACACGGCGCUGCCCAACGACAUUGCCACGUACGGCAGCGUAGCCGUGUCCAUCUGGAUUCCCGCUAGUUAUCGGGCUAUCCCCGUGCCCGCCGCCCGUGGUGGCCAGGGCUACAACCUAGCGCCCGUGCCGGUGCCGUUCCGCUACGUCCUUAUCUGGGACUUCUCGGCCUCGUCGACCCGCACAUUCCGCAUCCCGAACUGCAUCUCGUGCGUGUCGCCAGACUGCCGCUACGUCGCCUACUGCGACGCCCGCGGCACCAACACUGGCGCUCGCGGUCUCAUUGUUCUCCUCGAUGCCAUGUCCGGCAAGCAGCUGUGGUGCUGGCCCGACCCGGACGCUACAGCCAACGACAGCGGGCCCCAGCCGGGCUUCGAGCAGUUUGAGCACCUCAACCGUGUCAUUGACCUGUCCUUUUCCGCCGACAGCGGCUUCCUGUUCGUCGGAGAUUCCGAGGGCUGCAUCGGCGUCUACGAGGUCCGCGAG